GCCAAUGCCCCGGGCGGUCUGGUUUCCCCCCCACCUCCUGUGUUGAGGUGGAUUCGCGAUGUCGGAGAGCGGAGAGCGAGUGCGGCCCUGGUCACGGUAGUGCUUCAUGGCCACCAGUAACUACACCGAGCGACUCCUCAUGGCUGGAGUGGCGACUUCGAGCCGUCAUGUGGCUCAAAACCAGCCGUACAGGGUCGGUCCUUCCGGAGCCUCGGACGUAAUUCCCCGCCGAUGCCAGGCUCAGGACAUCGGCCAGGUCGGGGCCCAGGUUAGCGAUGAGUUCGCCGUAUCCAGAGACAAACAGAUUUACCUGGAGAACAACAAAGAUGCGAUUCAGGAGCUCUUCCAGGUUGUCCUGACCAUCUUGGCGCCGACGCUAAUGGCACGAUACUUACCGGAGUCGGUUGACUCUCAGCAGAUCUGGGCCCAACUAAAGGGGACUCAGGAGCAUGUGAGGAAAGCGAAGGAAUAUAUCAAGGGCAUUUGUAAUCCAGAGCUUCAUCAAAUUGAGUGUUAUCCAAAGGAUAUGCAUUGCAUUUUUGCAGGAGCCAGGGGCUUGUUUCUCAAGAGUCUUAUACAAGACACUUGUGCUGACAUCUCCAUGAAAAGUGCUGGAGUGAUUGCCAUUUAUGGAUGUGCCGAGGCAGUGAUAAUGGCAAAAACUCGAAUACAGCAGUUUGUGAAGCUUUUUAGAGAUAAUCAAUGUUUACCACCCAGAAGGGAAUCUAGCAUUAAAAGAAAGUUCAAACUUUUUGUAGAAUUACAUGCUGAUAAAUACACAAUGGAUUUGCUGCUCUUGCCAAGUUCAGUACAAGAGGAGCUACUGAAUCUUACUCAAGAAGUACUUCAUCUUAAAACAUGUAUAGAUCUUACUUUGGAUACUGAUCAUUCCCAACCUGUUGUCCACGAUGGAGUGGAUUCUUCUCUAGAGACACAACUUCCAGAGGAAAAAUGCAAUGAUCUGCCAUCUUUUGAAGAAAUUAGAAAACAGGCUGGAACACCUGUAUCUGAACUAGCUCACCAAAUGGACACAGUGCUUACACAAGAUACACAACAGUCAGGAAGAGAAACAGAAAUAUCUCGUGAGGAGACAUCAGUGGUUAAGGAAAGACAGUCAUGCAAAAGAAGAUCAUCUGCUAGUGAAGACAGACAUACAAAACGGCAGUUUUCUGGUGAUAUUGAAGAGUUCAUUGCAAUUAAUGCUACAGCAAAAUCACCUUGCAUUGAUUUGGUCACUGAUACUGAUGAUGUAUUGAUUCAUCCCUUAAGUGGACAGCAAGAUAAUCAAAUUGAGGAAGACUCUAUCACUGCUACUUCAGAAAAGGAGUUCAGAAUGCUAAUGGAGUUUUUUACAUCAAUGGGUUAUUCCAUUGAUAUUGUUAAAAAAGUCAUUAAGGAAAUGGGAGAGACUGAGGAACCUAUGGAACUGCUAAAGAAAAUUGUUGAAGAAAGUAACCGUUUGGAAAAAGAGCAGGCUAGUGAGAUGGAUCAAACAUCUGUUCCAAAUAACACUCGUGAAAGGCUAAUGAAUGAAGCAAGGGAUUCAUACAUGAAGAAACUUGAAGAUUGUACCAUUGGAACUGCUGAAGAAAAACCGAGAAAGCAAAUAUCUGCUUCAAGCACCAGUUCUUUUCCACAGAGAAGUGAGUUACUUAAAGAAAAUUUCCAUUCUGAAGAUGUAGCAUUGAUUGGUAAUGCACAGAAUAACAAAGACAAAGUCUUAAAGCAGCCUGCACUCAGACCAACUAAAGGCGCUGAAGGUUUUUGCUCAGCUAAGCUUUGGACCAGUGACUUGACUAAUGAGAGAAUGAUAAAUGAAAAUGAUAUUGUAGCAAGAGGAAGUUCUGAACAGACUAAUUUGCCUGUUAAUUGUGUUGUGCCUUCUAAUCAACAAGUAAGAGCUUCAGUAACUGGAGCUCAACGUUUCCAUGACUUAAUUAAAGGGCCUUACAAACUAAACCUAACAAACGCUCCUGGGAAUCAAAAUUUAAAACAUAUCGUAAUUGAUGGAAGUAAUGUUGCAAUGUCACAUGGAAUGAAAAAAGUAUUUUCCUGUCGUGGUAUUGCUAUUGCAGUGGAGUAUUUUUGGAAUCGUGGUCACCGAAAAAUAACUGCCUUUGUUCCUCAGUGGCGAACCAAACGUGAUGCCAGAAUCACAGAGCAGCAUUUUUUAAAUGAACUUGAAGAACUCGGUGUACUUUCCUUCACACCGGCUCGAAGUGUGUGUGGUACAAGAAUUGCAUCGCAUGAUGACAGGUUUUUAUUGCAUCUUGCUGAGAAAACAGGAGGAAUUAUUGUCACUAAUGACAACCUGAAAGAAUUUGUGCAUGAGUCUGCGGCCUGGAAAUCAAUAAUUCAAGAAAGAUUACUACAGUAUACAUUUGUUGGAGACAUAUUUAUGAUACCUGAUGAUCCCCUUGGAAGGAAUGGACCCAGACUGGACAUAUUUCUGCAAGCAGAGACUUCCAGGACUUUUCCAAAUGCAGUGGUUAAUCAAAGUGUGCCGAUUGCAACACCACCUGUUAAUUACCCUCCACACUUGGAGCAACCUGUGAUUCCCCAUUUGCGAUCAAAAGAAGAGACUGAACAACUGAAACAAGAAUUGUUCAAGAUCUUUCCAGAUUUUACCCAAAGAGAGAAAAUUGAUCGAAUUCUUUCAGCAAAUCCACUCAUGAGAGACCCCAAUGCACUAUCUGCAUUGGUGCUGGAUCAUGAGUAAUUUGCUGUAUUUGCUUGUUGAAAUGUUUGUUAAAACAUAAAUUUUAAUUUUUCUAAAGUGAAAUUUGAACUCAACACCUAAACUAUAUAUCCUAUUCCUUUGUAACAUAAUAACUUGUUUCAGAAUUGAAGCAGUGCCUGGUUUUGAAUGAAAAUAUUUUUUAUUCAAAGACUGGAGCCCUUCUACAUCAGGAACAACUGCUGUAUCUAUCACAUUGAAUAUAUUUUUGGCUUCCAUCUUAUUUUCCUAUAACAGCUACAAAGAAUGCUGAGUCAAUAGUAUUUGUUUCUAUUUGUGUCCUUUCAGUUGAGAGAGCACAAAGUAAGAAUGGAAUUUAAAAGCCUCAUCAUUUGUACUGGUACCUUAUUUAGUGCUCCAAGUUUUCCAAAUGUGAGGGUAUGGAUUUCCAGCAAAAAAAGGGACAUUGUAGCAUUAUAUACGUGUGUGUGUAUGUGUGCCUAUAGAUAUAUCUAUAUAUAUAUAUAGGCAGAUGUGUUACUGACAGUGCUGCUAUGCCAGGAUUCUGGCAUCAUUCCCUGCCUUCUCCACUGCAGUCACUACCGUUCUGGAAACCUUCAUAAAUAUAAUAGUGAAUCGCUUCUUGGCUAGGCGUGGGCAGGCGACCUCUGUGGGCUGGUGGGGUUGUCUACAGUGAGUGAUGCACCACUCAUUGCUGAGACUUUGAAGCUCAAGAUUGCACAGCGAGUAUGGGGCGUUGUUGCCAAAAAUGUAACACCUGCCUUCACUGGUGUCAGGCCUCCCAAAUCACUGUUUAUUGGAUCUAAUGGAAACUGCUGUUGUCUCCUCUGUACUUGGUGGCACAACCCUCUCCAGCCUGGAAAAUUCCCUAAUCUCAACUGAGGCACGUUUUCACAUUUGAGAAGGGGUGGAGAUGACACUAAAUGUGAGCCGUCUGCCUACAAAAUAGGCAGCUUCUAUCAGUUCCCAACGAUCUUACCUAAAUUUACCUUUCCAGCCAGUGCAAAGACCCAUUCUUAGCCCUAAGUGGCUUCAUAACCUGUCCUAUCCUGUUCAGUACCAUCCCUCAUAGGCUGUCUCUCCACGCUAAGGCAUGGGGUGAUUUGUUGCUCAAUCCGUGCAGCUUCCCUGCACAGCAGCUCACAGUAAGAGCAGAGACUUUGUGAACAUUCAGACUGGAGCAGUGAGUGCUUAAAUUGCAUCAGUGAGGUACCAGUAUAACCUUUAUUUUUGUAAAAUGUACAUGUUCUGGAACAUACAAAAAGAUUUGUAAACUUGCCAGUGUAUAAACUGGGAGAUUUUUAUUUAUUUACUGGCUAUAGAUAGCAUGUAAAUAGCAUGAAAAUCAAUUAUAUAUUUUUGACAAAUGUAACUGUAAAUUUUGAAAAAUUGUUCAUGGUUUAGAGGACAAACUUGUAACUUUCCUGAGAUUGUAUUUUGUCAAGCCAAAACUAGUUUGUAAAGCUGUUGAUGUAAGAGUUAAACAGAUAUGCUCAAAAUACUUCAGUUGAUCACUACUGAAUAACCUGCUGUUUGAUUAAAGUCUUUCUUUGAUUUUG